ACACCCCCUCGGCUCUAACCCCUCUUUAGUUGACUCGUAUGGCCAGCCUCUCACUCUCUCCAUUAUCCAUCCAUCCAUCGGUUGUCGACUGUCUUACCCGGUUUUUGCUCCUGUUCCAAUUCAUUCCGGAUGAUCUCUCCUCUCCAAUCCGGUGCCAUGCGGGAAGAAGAACACCACGCUCAUCGGGCCCCACUCGAUAUCAUCCGCAAUGGCACGGCCAUCGGCCCGCAAUCGUUCAUCCAGUUCUCCAACCAGCCGGAUCUACUCUUCUAUCGCUCCGCCGAAGACAAACGGGAAGAUAGCAGGAAAAUGUUUUGUUACCACUAUCCGCCGGCCAAUCUCCAUCCGUCGAUCGCCAGCCGUUUGCAAUCAGCUCUGGAUCUGCCCGGCUCCUUUGGCGUCGGACCUCCAUCUCUAACCUAUUCGCCGUAUCCGUACUCGUCCGAGCUUCACGACGAAUCGUUCGCCCGUCGCAAGCAGCGCCGCAACCGCACCACUUUCACGCUACAACAGCUGGAGGAGUUGGAAAAUGCUUUCGCGCAGACUCACUAUCCGGACGUCUUUACCCGCGAGGAUUUGGCUAUGAAAAUCAACUUGACCGAGGCCCGAGUUCAGGUUUGGUUCCAAAAUCGACGGGCGAAAUGGCGCAAGACGGAGCGGAUGAAAGACGAGCAAAAGAGACGCGAGGAAGAACAAGAACGAGUGACUGAUCGCCAGUCCAACGAACAGGAUCCGAACGAAGGUGAUGGAUGUGACGGAGAUACCAGUCCGGAUGUAGAGCAGCUGGAAUUCGAGACGGGACGCUGUAGCCCUUCGAAUCAAGUCAACAUUGACGUCGACGACGAUAGCCAAACGGCAAUUACCUUGGCGCCGGUGGUUGAAAUCAAAGUUGACGACGAUCAUUCAGACGAGCGGAGUCACAGCAGCAACAGCGACGGAAGCAUCCGCCGCAGCAGUCACGGUGAUCCCAACGGCACUCCGAUUACCAGCCGCGAGGAAGUCUACUCCGUCAGCCCUUCGGCCGGAACGUCAGCCGACUCCGCAACCAAAAAUCCGCACACCGUUCAACAGCCGCAGUCCUCCUCAUCCGGCAAUGCGGUUCACUCCGCCGAACAGCCCAAACUCUCGACUAUGACAGGCCACAGCAGUUCGUUAGGCGGUGGGAGCGGCAGCAAUCUAAACAGCUUCCCGUUCGGUUCUCCCUACGGAUCGCACCUUUUCCCGCUUCCGCACAGUGGAUUGAGGUCCCUAAUGGAUCAUCAUCAUCAUCAUCAGAGUCCCAUGGGCGGACCACCGAGGUCCUUCCCGUCAGCGUACCCGAGAUCUUUCCCCAUCGGGCAUCACCAUCACCAGCUGGGACCUGCAGCGGUGGCGGCAGCAGCGGCCGCCGCCGCCUCUUCGCUCUUCCCGUCUCCCCUUCACGGUUUUUCCGGCUUGUGUCCGUGCUGCCCGGUUAAACCGAGACCGAUCGGCGCUCUCAACUUGCCUGGACUGUUCCCGUCACCCGGCCUAUUCAGCAAUCUCAACGGAAUGGAUCGUGGUUCGACGGUCGGUGGAUUCGGCGCCGCCGGAAGUAGCGGAAGCGCUGGAUCAGGUGGUGCCGGCCAGACUGGUGGAUUUCAUUUGGACGCGGCCACACCUGGCAGCGUGGAGGAGCUACGGCGCAAAGCCCAUGAGCAUUCGGCCGCGUUACUCCACAGCCUCCAGCAACACGCCAUGGAGUUCCAUCUGCAACAACAACAUCAGCAACACCAGCAACAGCAACAACAACAGCGAAAGAACAAGGAAGCCAAUGAAUCGGAAUCCAACAGUCAAUCUGAUUAAACAUAAUUCUAGUG